AUGCGUCUUAGCACCUUUCUCGCUCCUAUUGGCAUCAUCGCUCUGCCACAAGCCGCUGCUCUGGCAAUGCCCGAUGGCGGUUUGGCAAGGGCAAUAGAUGCUGCCUUGGAAGAUUACGACAUUCCAAUCGACUUUCAUUUCUAUCAUGAUUACGGCAUUGUUGACGUCGAUGUUACCAUCCCAGGCAUCAAUCUCAAACCCGAUCACAUUGAGGCGCCUACUCACAUCAUAGCGAAUGCUAGCCCCGUUCACAUAAACCAGUGGGAUACGGUGAAUAUUUACUUCAAGAAUGACUGGACGGAUGCCCAUCGCUGGGAAGCUAGUAUUCCCAUUAUUGGACCUACGCUAUAUGUCGACUUGCAAAGUCGAUUUGUCCGAUCGAACUGCAAAUUGGGAUUGAAACUUCACCUCACUGGCACGGGUAUCUUGGGAAGGCUGGAUGAGAGUGUCGACCUCGGCGAAUUCGAACAGGACGGCAUCAAGUUUCUGGCGCAGAGCCAGGGUCUAUGCUAA